UCAGAUGUGGAAGAGAGGAUGAAGAUGGUAGCACUUAACAGUAAUUGUAAAAGUAAUAAAACUCCUCAAGAUGAAGACACGGGUGACACCUUCGCGGAGCGGGCUGAAGCUUACUACAAAACACGCCCUCAGCUGCUCUCCUUGCUUCAAGACUUGUACAAUUCUUAUCUCACUCUAUCUGACCGUUACAUUCAAACUAUCGCCAAAACUACUACUAGUCUCAGUCUCAAUUUCCAUCCUCCUCGUCGCCAAUCUUCUCAAGCCUCCACCGUUGAAUUCUAUGAUUACUAUGACCUGCAAGAUCAAUAUGAGACUAGCCCCAAUGAUUCAGACGUGGAGAGCUCCCUCUCGUACCAGCAACAUCUCACAUCACUACUUGCUCAAGAUGAUGAUCAUGCUGAUGAUACCACCAUGGCAGCUAACUUUGAUGCAAUUGUAGCCGAGAUUGUGAUAAAAAAUGUGGAAUGUGACAUCCUACUUCAUGAGGUCAAUGCAUCGGAGAGGCAGCAAAAUGAAACGUCGAGGAAGAUAGAGUUGCAGAAGAGCUUGCUUGAGGUUCUGGAGUCUGAAAGGCUCAUUCUACUUGAUGAGAAUGCGAAAUUGGGUUACAGGGUGGGUGCAUUGGUGGAAGAGAACAAAGCUCUUGCCUCUGAGUUUCUGUUCAUGAGGAGGAAGGCUGGUGAGCUAGCUAGGUGUUUGCUCCAAAUGAGAGAGGACCGCAGGGUCAGCAUGCUCAGCCGUAAGAUAGAGGACCUUCAGGGACAGAUUUAUGGACUGGAGAAGCGUAACAAGGAGUACUACCAGCAACUUGUCAACAAUGACCACUCACAACAAGGAUCACUCGAAGGGGAGAAGAUUAAUAGCACCAACAAGAAGAAGACUCGUGGUAGUAGGAGUAAUGAAGUGGAUUUGCACGUUUGCUUUCAAAUAGGAAAGAUGAAGAGGAAAUGUGGUACUAUUACAAGGGGAACUAGAGCUGAUAAAAAAGGUUCCAGCUGGUGGGGAAAGGUCAAGAACAUGGACUUGUUUCUGUGUGGACUUAACCCAACUUCUGCGGCUUGAAGGCGAUGAUGGUGUCCAAUUGCUUCAGGAACUUGAACCCAUGCACU